UCGGUAAUUAAGAAAACAUGUCGAAACGUUCCUACGGCUGUGGAACACAAGACUUUAGUUAUUCUUGUGCCCCAGUCCAAGUAUCCAGAGAUUUUGAAAAUGGGAGCAUUUUUUAAUACGGUUAAGGGAUUUGUUUUUGUAUUCAAUAUAAUUUGUGUGAUAAUAGCCGUUGCUAAUUUAGUAAUCGAUGGAUUGGGUGUGAAAUACUCUGCUCCUGGGAGUGAUGGCCAUGCUUUUUUCAUUCUGGGAAUUCUGUUAUGUGGUUUGCUAAUUAUGACCACCGUCAUCGGCUGUUACGGAGUGUGUAGUGAAAUUUUGGGAGUAAAUGUAAUUUAUUCCGUUUUUAUGCUGUCCCUGCUUAUUAUAGAAUAUCUUGAGAUUCGUUCUUUUCAACCGCACGGCAUUUACUUUCAUACCUUGCAAAGUUUGGAAACGGCAUGGCGUGUUGUUGGAAUAAAUCCAGAGCCCAUGGAUGAUAUACAAAGACGGCUACAUUGUUGUGGCCUGUUCAGUGGCCAAGAUUACGCCUUUAAACAUAUGUCCAUACCCGACAGUUGCCUAAGUGUUGAAGGCAGUUCCGUGACGACACAUCAGAUAGGCUGUUUGGAUGCUCACUGGAAGUCCCACAUUAAUAUGACGCGACGACAACAAUGUUUCUAUUGGGCUUUGUUGGCCGCAGAAUCAUUUACACUGCUGUAUUCGAUUGUUUUUUGUGUCCUUAUACACCGGAGAAGACAUCACCGAUCCGCGAAUAAUCUCGACGAUGUUCGCGAAGUUAUCAUUCAACAGAACAAUAUUGGUUCUCGACAACGUUUGCUGUGAUCAAAUGAUUGUCGUUUGGAUUCAAUGGCAUCAUGACCGGUGUCAUCAUUGAUUUAAUCUUCUCUUCUAGAUCCAUUUUCCGCAAACGAUGAAUUAGUAGAUAUAUGAUACCGGCUAUAACACCAUGCAAUAUCUGAUGGAGAAAAAAUGUAAAUUUUAGAUAAAUAAGUGGAUACUACUCAAUAUAUUUAUGAAAAAUAUGUAUAUAUAACAAGUUAA